UAAUCAUUUUUGCUCAAUGUUGCAUUUGUGUUCGGUUAUCGUUGUUAGUACAGAGGAUAGUCGUAUGGCAUAGAAGACGUUUGUGAUUUAUGCAUGUGUAAACCCAGCUAGUAAAUGUAACUGAUAUUUCCAUUGAAAAUACAAAAUGAUGAAUAUAUCUCUACGUGCUACCGACAACAUAAAUGAUAAUGCGAGUACAAGUAUCCAGAAAGGAUUUGGAAAUGAUUCAACUCCAGAAGGAUUUAUUUUGCAACUCACGUAUAGAGAAACGACUUUCGAAAUAACAUUCACUUGUGUGAUUUUAACUAUUGCGUUCUUUGGGUGCAUUGGGAACCUUGCCACAAUAGGUAAAAUCGUAUACGAUCCGAAAUACCACAAACCGACAUUUGCUGUUAUCGGGCAGUUGGCUUUGGCAGAUUUUCUUUCAGUCACAGUUUUAACUUUUGACAAUAUGACAAACUUUUCGAAGUUUUUGCCAGAAUUUACAGUCUUCAGGGAUAUUUUUCAAUUAAGUUCAUUUUUUCACGUGUGUUUACUUUCCGCUGUAAGAUAUUUGAUCACCGUUCAUCCCCUACAAAGCAGACAACAUCUAACUGUAAAGUCGAUGUGUUUGUGUUCACUCACAAUAUGGAUUUCAAGCGGUGUUGUCAUAAUUGGUUUAAUAUAUACUGCCGAGGCAGUACCUAAGAUAUAUGUGUUGACGAUUUAUCUCAUCUUCAAUGUUUUAAUAUUGUUAAUAGUCUGUUCUGUAGUGGCCCUAUUGCAUGUUAAAAAGAUAAGAACAUUACAGAAUUCUUUGUCUGUAACAGAACAAUCACAAAGAAGAAUGAAUAUUGUUGUCACUGUGAUCAUUAGUAUAUUUGUAUUAUAUCAAUUGUUUAUUGUUGCAGGAAAAAUAAUAUUUACCUUUUCAGAUCAACUAAUUGGCUAUUACUUAAUAUAUGGAUUUGUUAUCAUUGGAAGUUUAAACUUUUCUUGCAACCCGUAUAUAUUAUUUCUUUCUCAAAUCAUAUAAGGUGUUGCAUGCGUUUAACGAUUUCAUAUUGUAUACAUUAAUGAAUAUCCAAUUUACUAUAUCCAUGGUCAUGUACCCUAUUGUAUGUUGUUAUUAUUCUUGAAUUGCAGCUAAUGUAUAUAGUCAUGUUGAAAAAAAAACUCAACAUAGAAACAUUAAAAUAGACAAGGUUUAAUAAAAAUUAGU